CCGGAUGCGGUGGAGUUCUUCGGACGCUAGCGCUCGAUCUCAGAUCGUCAUCUUCCUCUUCGCCUUGUGCCAGUUCGUAGGAAGGAAACCAAUCUGACUUGUCUCUCAGAUCGUUGUUAAAUUUGCUUUUUUUUUUUUCCUGGGAGAUCUUCCAAAUGCUAGCUUUUAAUAGAAGCAGAAUACCGUCAAGGUCUAACCGAUCUCAAUCUUUUGGAGGCAUGGAUUAUACUGACCCGAAGAGGAAAAGCAAUUUUUUAGGAAAAAUUAUUUUGGCUGCUACUCUUACAGCAUUAUGCAUUAUCAUGCUCAAGCGGUCCCCAACUUUUACUAGUCCAAGCCCGUUUUCUCGUCAUGAAAUUGAGGUAACUCAUGUUUUAGUAACGGGAGGUGCUGGAUAUAUUGGUUCACAUGCUGCAUUACGACUUCUCAAGGACUCAUAUCGUGUGACUAUAGUGGAUAAUCUCUCUAGGGGAAACCUUGGUGCCGUAAGGGUUCUACAAGAACAAUUUCCAGACCCUGGAAGACUACAGUUUAUUUAUGCCGACUUGGGUGAUGCAAAAGCGGUGAACAAGAUAUUUUCCGAAAAUGCAUUUGAUGCUGUGAUGCAUUUUGCUGCUGUUGCUUAUGUUGGGGAAAGCACACUUGAUCCUCUCAAGUAUUAUCACAACAUUACUUCAAAUACCUUGGUGGUGUUGGAGGCAAUUGCAGCACGUGGUGUAAAGACAUUGAUAUAUUCUAGUACAUGCGCAACAUACGGAGAGCCUGAAAAGAUGCCCAUUACAGAAGAAACUCCACAAGCCCCAAUCAACCCGUAUGGAAAAGCCAAGAAGAUGGCAGAAGAUAUCAUCCUGGAUUUCUCUAAAAAUUCAGACAUGGCUGUCAUGAUCUUAAGGUACUUUAAUGUGAUAGGGUCAGAUCCUGAAGGAAGAUUAGGGGAAGCUCCCAGACCUGAACUGCGGGAGCAUGGACGGAUAUCAGGUGCUUGCUUUGAUGCAGCUCUUGGUGUUAUUCCUGGGCUGAAGGUUAAAGGAUCAGAUUAUAAAACACCGGACGGUACUUGUGUACGGGAUUAUAUUGAUGUUACUGACUUGGUUGAUGCUCAUGUGAAAGCUCUUCAGAAGGCAGAGCCUGGAAAAGUUGGAAUUUACAAUGUAGGCACCGGAAAAGGUAGAUCAGUGAAGGAGUUUGUGGAAGCUUGUAAGAAGGCAACAGGGGCCAAGAUCAAAGUUGAUUUUCUUGAUCGACGGCCUGGAGACUACGCAGAAGUAUACAGUGAUCCAACUAAGAUCUUGCGUGAACUCAACUGGACAGCACGUUACACUGACCUUCAUGAGAGCCUGCAGAUUGCAUGGAGGUGGCAGAAGUCGCAUCGUAAUGGGUACGGGACCCCCUUAGCAAUGGAUUCUUGAUUGCAUUCACGACAUCCAUCCAAUCUUCCUAUAUAUAUAUAGGACGCAGCUAACAUAUAUUCUGUUUGAAUUCAAGUUCUAAAAUUUCACAUGCCUAAUAUGUCAUGGGGCCAGAGUUGUAGAGGCAGCCCAUUUUUACAUGUACUCACAGACAAUAGAUGAAUAAAUAAAGAAAUAAAUAAUAAUGCUUUUACCA